AUGCAGUUUCGUCUCUUCUCUUUUGCCCUUAUCAUUCUGAACUGCAUGGAUUACGGUCACUGCCAAGCUAACCGCUGGAGACGCAGUAAGCGAGCUAGCUACGUAUCAAAUCCAAUUUGCAAAGGUUGUUUGUCUUGUUCAAAAGAUAAUGGAUGCAGCAGGUGCCAACAAAAGUUAUUCUUCUUUUUGCGAAGAGAAGGUAUGAGGCAAUAUGGAGAGUGCUUACAUUCAUGCCCUUCAGGAUAUUAUGGACACAGAGCACCAGACAUGAACAGAUGUGCAAGAUGCAGAAUAGAAAACUGUGACUCUUGCUUUAGCAAAGACUUUUGUACAAAGUGCAAAGCAGGCUUCUACUUGCAUAGAGGUCGCUGCUUUCAUGAAUGUCCUGAUGGUUUUGCACCAUUAGAUGAAACCAUGGAAUGCGUGGAAGGAUGUGAAGUGGGUCCCUGGAGUGAGUGGGGAACUUGUAGCAGAAACAACCGAACAUGUGGAUUUAAAUGGGGUCUAGAAACAAGAACACGACAAAUUGUUAAGAAGCCAGCAAAAGACACAAUACCAUGUCCAACCAUUGCUGAAUCUAGAAGGUGUAAAAUGGCUAUGAGGCAUUGUCCAGGAGGGAAGAGAACUCAGAAAACGAAGGACAAGAGGAACAAGAAGAAGAAAAGGAAGUUAAUAGAGAGGGCACAGGAGCAACACAGCGUCUUCCUUGCUACAGACAGAGCGAACCAAUAAAAGAAAGACAUUCUCCUUUUUCUCUUUUUUCUCCUUUUGGUGGGUUUUUUGUUUCUUUGUUUGUUUUGUU